CUGCUCUCUCUCUCUCACAUCAAACAAAAAAGCAAACACUUAACGAGGAAGAAACACACUCAUUUCUCUCUCACGUUCCCCUAAAUUUUCCAUUUUUCCAUUUCUUUUUUGGGGUUUUGGUUAAACCAUUUCUUUCCUUAGAUCUCUCUCUGCUGGAUAUAGUUAUUAAAUUUAGUUUGGACUACUCUGUUUCUGGGAAUUUUCACCUUUUUUUUCCUUUCUUUCACUUUUUCUGGGAUCACAUUUUUUGGGUUCCUUUAUUUCGUAACGCCAUUUAUGUGUUGAAACUGUUACGAAGUGUUGGCUCUAAGCAAGAGGAGAUGGUGAGAGUCUCGCUGCUUUUGCUGUGUCUACUGGUUUCUACUUGUCUUUUCACUACUUUAUCAGCUCAAGCUCCAGGUUUUGUAAGCUUGGAUUGUGGAGGUGCAGAGCCAUUUACUGAUGAACUUGGACUUAAAUGGAUACCUGAUAAUCAUCUUAUUUAUGGAGAAACCGCUAAGAUAUCCUCCCUUAACGAAACAAGAGCUCAGUACACGACUUUAAGGCAUUUCCCUGCUGAUUCAAGAAAGUAUUGCUACACUCUCAAUGUCACUAGUAGGAGUCGAUAUCUCCUUAGAGCUACUUUCUUGUAUGGUGAUUUCGACAACAGCAACAAUGUGUAUCCCAAAUUCGAUAUCUCCCUUGGGGCAACUCAUUGGGCGACCAUUGCUAUCUCUGAAACCUAUACAAUUGAGAUAGCAGAACUGGUGUUUCUGGCUUCUACUCCUACUGUCAGCGUUUGUUUGUCGAAUGCCACAACUGGGAAGCCGUUUAUAUCGACCCUUGAGCUUAGGCAGUUGAAUGGUUCAAUGUAUGGCACCCCCUUUGAAGACCGGUUUUAUCUGAGUGUUGCAGCACGGAUUAAUUUUGGGGCUGAAAGUGAAGAUUCUGUGAGGUACCCGGAUGAUCCAUAUGAUAGAAUAUGGGAAUCUGAUUUGUUAAAGAAGCCUAAUUAUCUUGUGGAUGUUGCUGCUGGGACUGUACGAGUCUCGACUACAUUGCCGAUUGAAAGCGGUGGUGAUGAAAAACCGCCUCAGAAGGUUAUGCAGACGGCUGUGGUUGGAACAAAUGGAUCAUUAACUUACAGAAUUAAUCUGGAGGGCUUCCCUGGUUCUGGUUGGGCCUUUACAUACUUCGCUGAAAUCGAGGAUUUGGCUGAGGACGAGUCAAGGAAGUUCAGAUUAAUUCUACCUGAUCAGCCUGACUAUAGCAAAGCCAUUGUUAACAUCAGGGAAAAUGCGCAGAAAUCAUAUCGUGUUUAUGAACCUGGCUAUCCUAACCUAACCCUUCCAUAUGUGCUGAACUUCCGAUUUGCCAAAACAGCUGAUUCUUCUAGAGGACCCAUUCUGAAUGCCAUGGAGAUCAGCAAACAUCUGCUGAAAAGCGAUGGUUCAGUAGAUGCAACCACUAUGGCUAAUGUGGCAUCUCUCUAUUCUUCCACUGAGUGGGCUCAAGAAGGCGGAGACCCAUGUUCACCUUCACCAUGGUCGUGGGUGGAAUGCAAUUCGGAUCCACAACCAAGGGUUGUUGCUGUCAAGCUGUCGAAUAUGAACUUGACGGGGGAUAUACCUUCUGACCUGGUGAAAUUGAAUGGUCUGGUUCAGUUAUGGCUUGAUGGGAAUUCUUUUACGGGUCCUUUACCGGAUUUCUCUCGGUGCCCAAACCUGGAGAUAAUACACCUCGAGAACAACCGACUAACCGGAAAGAUCCCUUCUUCGUUGGCGAAACUCCCAAACCUGAAGGAACUGUACCUGCAAAACAAUUUGUUAUCAGGAACAAUACCAUCAGACCUGACCAAAGAUGUGAUCUCAAACUUUUCUGGGAACCUUAAUCUUGAAAAAAGUGGAGACAAAGGAAAGAAGCUCGGUGUCAUCAUCGGUGCAUCAGUUGGUGCUGCUAUUCUGCUAAUUGCAACCAUCAUUUCUUGCAUCUUUAUGUGCAAAAGCAAGAAGAAUAACAAAAUGAGGAAAACUUCAGCGGAGUUAACGAAUCGCCCCUUGCCAAUUCAAAGAGUGUCAUCUACCUUGAGUGAAGCUCAUGGAGACGCCGCACAUUGCUUCACACUUUUUGAGAUCGAAGAAGCCACAAAAAAAUUUGAGAAGAGAAUUGGGUCCGGAGGUUUUGGAAUCGUAUACUAUGGGAAAACAAGAGAGGGUAAAGAGAUUGCUGUAAAAGUUCUUGCAAAUAAUUCAUAUCAGGGGAAGAGAGAGUUUGCAAACGAGGUUACAUUACUCUCAAGGAUACAUCAUCGGAACCUUGUGCAGUUUCUUGGUUAUUGCCAAGAAGAGGGGAAAAACAUGCUUGUGUAUGAGUUCAUGCACAAUGGGACUUUGAAGGAGCAUCUUUAUGGUGUGGUACCCCGUGACCGAAGAAUCAGCUGGAUUAAACGGCUAGAGAUAGCUGAAGAUGCAGCCCGAGGGAUCGAGUAUCUUCACACGGGGUGUGUUCCAGCAAUCAUACACAGGGAUCUCAAGACGAGUAACAUCCUCAUUGAUAAACACAUGAGGGCAAAGGUUUCAGAUUUCGGAUUGUCAAAAUUCGCAGUUGAUGGGACCUCACAUGUCUCCAGCAUUGUCCGUGGCACAGUUGGAUAUCUUGAUCCGGAGUACUACAUAUCGCAGCAGUUAACAGAGAAGAGUGAUGUAUAUAGCUUCGGAGUCAUUCUUCUUGAGCUAAUGUCCGGCCAAGAAGCCAUAUCGAAUGAAAGCUUUGGUGUCAACUGCCGGAACAUAGUCCAAUGGGCCAAGAUGCAUAUAGACAACGGGGACAUCCGAGGGAUCAUCGAUCCAGCACUAGCAGAAGACGAUUACAGUCUCCAAUCGAUGUGGAAGAUCGCGGAGAAAGCGCUGCUGUGUGUAAAACCACACGGUAACAUGAGACCGUCGAUGUCCGAGGUGCAAAAAGAUAUCCAAGACGCGAUUAGGAUCGAGAAGGAAGCAUUGGCCGCAAGAGGCGGAAUAUCGGACGAGUUUUCGAGGAGCUCGGCGCAUUCGUCAUCUCUCAACAUGGGAAUGCUUGACCUGGCUGGUUCACAAAAUUACGUCUCCAUUGAUGAAUCUGUAUUGCAGCCAACAGCUCGGUAGUAGAUUCGGCUUUUGUUUGUACAGAUGCACCAACACUUGCUUGUGUUUUUGAUCUUUCACGUUGCUCUGGUCUUUUUACUUAGUUUUGAGCUUAACAUCACUUUUUGUCUCUUCUUCUUUUGGACUCGAGCUUUAAAAGAAGUGGCUUCGAGUUUUGUUUUUUUUCUUUUCUUAUUUCUAUUGUUUUUAGACUAACUGGGUGAUUUAUCUGGGAUUGUGAUAUAUGUUAUGUUUUCUUUUAGCUGACCUUUUACAUUUUCAA